AUGAAGGUGAAGGCUUUUGGGUGGGUGCUUCUUCAACAUCAUUUGAUGUCAUCAGAUGAAACAUCCACUGAUGAUGGAGAGUUGUUUGGCAAAGUCACAGGAGAAUAUUUUGGACCCGCCUUUGGUGAUAGCGUCACAGACACUUCAACUCGUUCAUUUUUUUUGUCCAAGUUAACAGGAGACACCUUGGGGCUGUGCUUUGCCCUUGGGGAAUGCUUGGGAGAUGCUCUUGGGGACUGUUUUGGAGAUGCUCUUGGUGACAGGGUUACAGAAACCUUGAUUGUUUCAUUGCCGCCAUCCAAAACAUCAAACACGGUUGGCGAAGCCCUUGACGAUUGUUCUGGUGAAGCUAGGGGGGACUGCUUUGGAGAAGCCCUUGGCGACCGCUUUGGUGAAACCUUAGGUGAUGCCCUUGGCGACAAGGCAACAGAUACUUUCACUGGUUCACCCCCACUUUCCAAGUCAUCAGAUGAUGAAAACUCAACCGGUGAAGCUCGAGGGGACUGCUUUGGUGAAGCCCAUGGGGAAUGCCGUGAUCCCUUUGGCGAUGCCCUUGGUGACAGUGUAACAGAAACUUUCACCGGUUCACUGCCACUUUCCAAGUCAUCAGAUGAUGAGAACUCAACCGGUGAAGCUCUUGGCGACUGCUUUGGUGAAGCCUUAGGUGAUGCCCUUGGCGACAAAGUAACAGAUACUUUCACCGGUUCACUGCCACUAUCCAAGUCAUCCGAUGAUGAGAACUCUACCGGUGAAGCUCUUGGGGACUGCUUUGGUGAAGCCCAUGGGGAAUGCCGUGAUCCCUUUGGCGAUGCCCUUGGUGACAGUGUAACAGAAACUUUCACCGGUUCACUGCCACUAUCCAAGUCAUCAGAUGAUGAGAACUCUACAGGCGAAGCUCUUGGGGACUGCUUUGGAGAAGCUCGAGGGGACUGCUUUGGCGAUGCCCUUGGCGACAGUGUAACAGAAACCUUCAUUGUCUCAUUGCCACUUUCCAAGUCAUCAGAUGAUGAGAACUCAACUGGUGGAGCUCUUGGGGACUGCUUUGGUGAAGCCAUAGGUGAUGCCCUUGGCGACAAGGUAACAGCCACUUUCACAAUAUCACUUCCACUAUCCAAAUCAUCGGAUGAUGACAAAUCCACAGGUGAACCCCUUGGUGAUUCUGCGGGAGAAACAUUGGGUGAGCCUGCUGGUGACCUCUUGGUGCCUUUGAUAGGUUGCUUCUGUGUCGAUUUAGGGGACAUUGUUACAGUUACUUCGAAUGACUGUUCCUCCUCUUCAGCAUCAAGUAGGGGCACAGAAAGCUUUGGUGACCUUUUGGUGGCUUUUACUGAGCGCUUCGGUGACGAUUUCGGUGACAAGCUCACAGUUACGUUGAUUGGCUGUUCCUCCUCAGCAUCAUCCUCUUUGUCAUCAUCCAACGGCAAAGCAAGCUUGGGAGAAUGCUUCGGUGAUCUCUUGGUAGCUUUGACCGUUGCUUUGGGGAUGCUUUCGGCGACAAGGUUACAGUAA